AUGGCAAAGAAAAACAAGGGGAAGAAAGCGGCCGACCCAAACGAGACGUCUAAGCUCUUGGCCGCCAAGAUCUCCCAGCUGGAGCAAGAUGCCGCCGGCGAGAAAGACCAAGAGGCAGAAAUUGAGCGCGAGGUCAAGAAGGCGACUCGUGAUCUCAACCAGCUUCUGAGCAACAUUGAGUCCCCUAUGACCAAACUGGAAACCGUCCACAAGAAGUAUACCGAGCUGUUGGCGGAUAUGAAGAAGUUGGAUCGCGAUUAUUCUAAGAGCAAGAAGCGCGCCGAUCAGCUGCAAAAGGACCAGGACAAGGGCAAGUCUGAUCUCAACAAGACCGUUACAAUGAAGGACAAGCUGGAGAAGCUGUGUCGAGAACUUACGAAGGAGAACAAGAAGGUCAAGGAUGAGAAUAAGAAGCUGGAGGACACUGAAAAGAAAGCGCGCUUGAUUGUGAACGAACGUCUCGACUCGCUCCUCUAUGACAUUCAAGACGUCAUGGCUGCCAAGGGGAACCCCCGUAGCGAAAAGGUGGAUGUCGAUUUGGAUGAAGCACUCCGCGCCAAGCUUAGGACCAUCAGCGAGCAGUUCGACGCACGCGACCUGCAUUACAGGGGCCUCCUACGUGGCAAGGACUCCGAGAUCCAAAGUCUCGCUUCUAAGUUUGAGGAGCAACGCCGCGCUGGUGAAGUUGAAGCCAACCGAAGCCGGGCUUUGACCUCCCAAGUUUCCACCUUCUCUCAUACCGAGGCGGAAUUGCGCAGCCAACUCAACAUCUACGUGGAAAAGUUCAAACAGGUCGAGGACACUCUGAACAACAGCAACGAUCUUUUCCUUACCUUCCGAAAGGAGAUGGAAGAAAUGUCCAAGAAAACCAAGCGCCUGGAGAAGGAGAAUCAUACUCUUAACCGGAAGCACGAGCAAACUAACCGCAAUAUCCUGGAAAUGGCAGAGGAACGGACCCGAAACCAUGAAGAACUUGAAAGAUGGCGACGGAAGUGCCACCAUCUAGAAGCCCUUUGUCGGCGUAUGCAAGCCCAGGGUCGAGGCGAAGGGCUUGCUCUAGCGGAAGGCGAUGAUCAUUUAGAGGGUGAUGAUGAAGGCACUGAAAGCGAGUACGACGAUGACUACGAAGACGACGAGGAGGAUAUCAGUGAUGAGGAAGAUCUCGAACCACCUACCCGGGUCGAACAACCCUCAGAGAAGCCUGUCUUCGGUCCCACCCCGCCCCCGAAUCUUUUGGAGGCUCGAGCGAAUGGCAAUGCUACGGAAGUCAAUGGCCUGGUUUUCUAA